CUUUCAGUGGGACCAAUGGAAAUCGAAAAUUGCACAUGUUACACCACAAAUGAAUGUUUGCAGAAGGGAGAUGUCUGUUAUUUGCGAUUGGACUUCUUGACGUUUUCUAUUUUGGGCAUGGCUGACAGUGAAGAAAUCAUGGGCGGCAUGUGCGUCGACUCUCUAAAAGUCACCUCAAGCUCAAAUGAGCCCAUCCCAGAAAUUUGCGGCCAGAAUUCGGGACAACAUAUUUACGUGGAUAUGGACCGAGGAUGUUCUGGGAAUACCCAACUGGACUUUAGUUUUUCUGGUACGGCAUCAAUCCGGAUUUUCGAGAUAAAAGCCUCUCAAAUUGAGUGCGGAUCGAGGUCAGCACCCCCGGAUGGUUGCUUGCAAUAUCACACAGAAUUAGAUGGUCGAUUUCAGACAUUUAACUACGCAGCCAAGGAUGAGAGCCACCUAGAUGAUCAAAAUUACUCCAUUUGCAUUCGCCAAAUGUUGGGAUAUUGUUGCAUACAAUAUUCGGUAUGCCCGGAUGAUGACGCUUUUGGAUUUACCCUUGGCAGAGGGGAAGAAAAUAUGUCAUUUGUUGAUAACCUUUGUGGAACCAGGGAUUUUGUAGGAAUUGAAGGAUCUGCGGCGUCUUGUCAUCAGGGACCACCGACAACAAUUCAUACAAAAUACUGUGGUGACAAGUUAAACGUGUUUACCCCAGCGACUUACCAUGCUCCUAUUUGUGAUUGUUCAGCGCCUUUUGAAGUUAGAAUUUUCACCAACGAGAUUUCCGACGUAAACAACGGCUUGGAGACGAAAAAUACCAAAGUCAGUAAAGGUUUAUGUUUCGAAUAUAUUCAGAUGCCUUGCCAAUGAAUCAAUUCCCUAGCACAAAAUCCUAGACUUCAAAUAAAUGACGACUAAUUGUGUUCUACUAUAAAGUAUCUAAUAAUGGCAUGCUCAAAAGAAAUGAAUAAAGUUGAA